AUGUCCCAGUACAUCGGCAAAACGAUCUCGUUGAUCUCCAAUAAGGGGCUUCGUUAUGUGGGCAUUUUGGAGAACAUCAGUGCUGAGGAUGCCACUGUUUCCUUGAGACUGGUCCGUCCUUUUGGUACUGAGGGCAGAAUGGCUGCCCAGGGUCUUGCCCAUAUGGAGGUUAUGCCAGGCGCCGAUGUUUACGAUUACGUUGUGUUCCGUGGAACUGACGUUCGUGACUUGUCUGUUUUGGAUGAGGCCAUUGAGGAUGUCAAGCCUCAGCCAUAUACUGGCGCCACCUACCCAGCUGCUCCAGCUGCUGCUCCAGCUGCGCCAGCUGCUCCUACUGCUACUCAAGCUGCUGAGCCUGGUCCUUCUACUGCUCCUCCUGCUGGUGUUGCUAAUGCUGCUGGCGGUGUCGCUCAGCAACAGGCUGUGCCUACUGGUAGUCCACAGGCUGCACAGGCUGCUCCAGGCCCAAGUGCUAGAGCUCCAGUGGAGACUGGCGCCCAGAGACCUGCUGCAACGACUCCUCCAGCUUCUAAAACCACCGACCCAGCUCCUACGACGACAACUCAGAACGAGCUGGUUCCAGGUGAUAGACCAGAGCCUGAUUCCGAGUCUGGCGAGUUUGACUUUGAAAAAUCUAAUGCCCGUUUUGAAAAGAAGAGUGCUGCUGACCAAAAACCAAAAUACGACAAGAGCUCUUCUUUCUUCGACAGUAUUUCGUCUUCAAACACUGAGCGUGGUAACAUGAGAUGGAACGAGGAGAAGUCGCUUAACAUGGAUACAUUCGGACAAGAAGGAUCGCGUGGCCGUGGCAACUGGCGUGGUAGAGGCGGCAGAGGCGGCAGAGGUGGUAGAGGCGGUAGAGGUAGAGGCAGAGGCAGAGGAAGAGGCCGUUCUGAGCCUACUCCUGAGUGGGCUUGA